UGGGAGGCACAAGUCAGCAAUGGAGAGCCAAGCAUUGGAGAUAAGCUGCUUACAUCUCCCACGAGCCCGGAGCCCCUACGUCACACGUGGCGGGUCCUUGGGUUUCUAGAGAGUCUAGGAAGAAGAAGAUCGGAGAUAUCGAAGGUUUAGGUUUCUCUCACUGCCCACCAAAUAUAUAGGGAUUCUAGUGAGAGAGAGUUGAAUAUUUCUUGGGAAAGAUAGAAAAAUUUUGCAAUUCGAUUGGACAUGUCGAGCCUAGCUGCUUCGUUGCUCAAUGGAGUUGGUCUAAGACCGGAAAGGACGCUUCUUUGCCAGCCCACUUCGUUUCCUUCCUCCAGAAGAAAAACUCAUGGUGUUGUUAAGGCCUCAGCUCGGGUUGACAAGUUCUCGAAAAGCGAUAUCAUUGUUUCUCCAUCAAUUCUAUCUGCUAACUUCUCCAAAUUGGGCGAACAGGUGAAGGCGGUAGAGUUGGCAGGUUGUGAUUGGAUUCAUGUUGAUGUGAUGGACGGUCGUUUUGUUCCCAACAUUACAAUUGGACCGCUUGUGGUUGAUGCUCUGCGUCCUGUGACAGAUCUUCCAUUGGAUGUUCAUCUUAUGAUAGUAGAACCUGAACAGAGAGUGCCGGAUUUCAUCAAAGCAGGUGCAGAUAUAGUUAGUGUGCAUUGUGAGCAAUCCUCGACCAUCCAUUUGCAUCGUACAGUCAAUCAAAUUAAAAGCUUGGGAGCUAAAGCUGGAGUUGUCCUUAAUCCUGGCACCCCAUUGAGUGCAAUUGAAUAUGUAUUAGACUCGGUUGAUCUGAUCUUGAUAAUGUCUGUAAACCCUGGGUUUGGUGGGCAGAGCUUUAUCGAAAGCCAAGUAAAGAAAAUCUCGGACUUGAGGAGAAUGUGUGUAGAGAAGGGCGUAAACCCGUGGAUUGAAGUCGACGGUGGAGUCACUCCAAAAAAUGCUUAUAAGGUUAUUGAAGCUGGAGCAAAUGCUUUAGUGGCUGGAUCAGCUGUAUUCGGAGCCAAAGACUACGCAGAAGCUAUAAAAGGAAUAAAAUCUAGCAAGAGACCGGAGACAGUAGCUGUGUGAUUUUAAGGCUAUGUCACACCAGAGGCAGAUCCAUGUCUAAUCAUACGGGGUCAAGUGACACCCCUUAACCUCUUGUAAUAUAUCAUAAUGGUAGUAUGCUUUCUUGCAAUGUACCUACUUAAAUGAGUUUUGGUCGACUAUGAUAUACAACUUUUUCCUGAUUUAUACUUGAAAGAAAUUCUCUUUUGUUGAUCAAUUUAUUUAUUCAUACAG